AUGGAAACAACAACAAUUAUUAACAAUAAUAUAUUAAUUAAUAAUUUAAAAGAAAUUCAGAAGGAAAAUAAAAAGUUGGUGGAGAAAAUUGAUGGGUGGAAUCAGUAUUUACUCCUUAAACCGCCAAUUCCUGAUUUAAAACACACAUUAACUCGUUAUUUGGAAUAUUCUUCUGUUUUGGCACAAACAUAUAAAUUAGAUUUUGAUAAAACAAUUGAAAAUGUUAAAAAAUUUGAAGAAACAAUUGGACCAAAAUUGCAACAAAAAUUAAAAGAAAUUUCUUUUAAAGAAGAUAAUUGGAUAAAUCAAUUUUGGCUUAAAGAAAUGUAUCUUAAACAAAGACUUCCUCUUCCAAUAAAUUUUAAUCCUGCCUAUAUUUUUCCUCAUCGAGAAUUUAAAAAUGAACAAGAACAAAUUAAUUAUGCAGCAUUAUUAAUUAAAGGAUUUUUGGAUUUUAGAGAAAAGGUAGAAAGAAAAGAAAUUCCUUUAGAAACUGUUCCGGAUAGAUUUAUUGGUGGAAAAUCUGUCCCAAUGUGUAUGGACCAAUAUGAAAGAAUAUUUAAUUUCUAUAGACAACCAUCAUUUAAUGAAGAUAUUUUAUUUGAUAAAAGAAGAAUAAAUAAAAAACAAUUAAUUGAACAUAUAUUAAUUUUAUAUAAAAAUCAACAAUUUAUUUUAUUUAUUAAAACAAUUGAAGGAAUUUUAAUUAAUUUAAUUCAAAUAAUUGAACAAUUGAGGAAAAUAAUGGAAAUGGCUAAAAAUAGAAAUAUUCAAAAUAUAAUACCUAUUGGGGGUGCUGGGACUGGGGGAAGGGAUAGAGCUGCUAAAUUUUGGGAAGAAAUGAAUAAAGGUAGUUUUGAGGGAACUUUAAUUUAA